AUGGCGAAUGGUGUGUUUGUUGUGCAUUUCAAGAAUCUGAAUGGUAGGGAAAAGGCUAUUGAAGCAGGUCUUAUUGCUUUUGAUAGGAAACUAGUCAUUUUGAAGAGGUGGAGGUCUGGCAUUAAUUUUCUAGAGGAAAAACUGGAUUCAGUACCAAUAUGGGUGCGGUUUCCAAGGUUAAAUCUCCGGUUUUGCGGCCUUAAUGCUCUGAUGAAACUUAGUGGGUUGAUUGGGAAGGUAAUUAAAAUGGAUAGAGCCACUGCAACAAAGGACUUAAUUGAGUAUGCUCGUGUGCUAAUUGAGGUGCAGAUUAACGGUGAUUUGCCUGACUCUAUUGAAUUCCUUGAUGAGAAUGGAGCUAAAGUCUCUCAGAAGGUGGUGUUUGAAUGGAGGCCAAUUAGAUGUUCUAAUUGCUAUGGAAUGGGUCAUAUGGCUGAGCAAUGUCCUAAUGAGAGAAUGGACAAUCCAGUGCAAAAGCUUGGUCCCAGGACUAGACCUGAUAAAGGUAAGAUGUCUAUGGGGAUGGUUAGAGCAGGAGAGCAGGAUGCUAGGAGUACGAAUAAGGAUUCUAUGCUAGGCAACCCCUUGGAAAAGCACUAG